UCACAUAUACAUAUAAAUCAAGGACAGAACUCAUCAUGUAAGAGUAUUUUAUCACUAUAAUACAAAUUAUUUAAGGUUUAAAAGCUAAGAUAAAUCAAUUUACCAUACUAUAAAAAAAGUUUGCAAUUGAAAUAUACCCAGAACUCGAUAUUUCUAUCUUGUAAAUCUAGUUUUGACUCUAUCUGUUGCAACUCCAAGUAUAGAAAUAAUAUUUUUACAGUUUUGAGCUAUACUAAGAUAAUUUUUCGAAGUUAAAUUGUGACCAAUUUGCUAAUGAUUGUUUAGUUAGACACAUAGGGAAAAAUGAAUUUACUUCACAGUGUAGAUGACAAAUAUAUUUCGUGUUACUUUAAGAAUCUAAAAAUGGAUCAUGAUUGUACGUGGGCACCGGGCCGUGCCACCCACGGGCUAGCACGGCACGACACGGUUAGAGUGCGACACGAGCACGAGCACGAAAUAAAUGGGCCAGCCCGGCACGAGCACGAAUAACUUAUGGGUCGUGUCGGGCCUAAACUUCAUGAGCACGGGCACGGCACGGUAUAUAAGUGGCCCGUGUUGGGCCUAAUAUUUUCGAGACUUUAUUUAGUAUAAGAACAGACAUGGUACGAAAAGAAUAUUUAUUUGAUAGAAAAUAAAUAUAAAAAGAAUUAUAGGUUCAAAUAUUACAUAAGUGUCAUAAAGAUAUAUACGUAAUUACUAACAUAAGUAAAAAUGGACAAAGAAUUAAACAAAGUCAAAACAUACUCGCUAUACUUCCAAUUUUCUUUUCCCCCUUAUUUGUUAAUUGUUACUUUUCUCAAACAUUAUCGGUUAAUACUAUGUUCCUCCGUCCAAUUUUCACCUUCUUUUUCAUUCCCUCUUUUGUUUUCGUCCUUUUGAUUAAAUACGAAUACGAGCAUGACACGAGCACGAAUAGGCACGGCACGAUUCGAACCGUGCCUGGGCCUGGACCGGGCCUAGCAAAGUUAACAAAUGGGCUUGCAUGGCACGACACGAAAGCUGACAGGCCGUGCCAAGCACGACACGAAAUAAAUUGGCCCGAAGCGUGCCCGUGCAGUGCCGGCCCAAGUACGGCGCAUCGCCAUUGUACAAAUUCAUGAUUGUUUAUGAUGAUUGUAUUAGACAGAUAUUUGUUUUUUCUGUUACCGAAAACGGAAACCACAGCCAAGAGAGUGACGGAAACUGAAUCACAUCACAUGCCAUUCUGCUGCUGGUCGGCCUCCACGUCCCAUGCAAUUUAAUUUCCUCCAUUUGACUCCCUCCAUCUCUUCCAAAGCGAAUCUCCCUCUGCUCUGCUCUGCUCUUCCUUUCACGAGCCAUCACCAAAAUGUGCGACGCCGCAGCUCAAACUCACAACGUCAAGAUUCUUCAUCUGGUGAGGCAUGCGCAGGGCGUCCACAAUGUUGCAGGAGCCCAGGAUCACAGCGCUUUGAUGUCUCCUCAAUAUUUUGAUGCUAACCUCUCCCCGCUUGGAUCCCAACAGGUUCGAGAUUUGCGCAAUUAUGUGGUUUCAUCUGGGAUCCUUGCCAAAAUUCAAUUAGUCGUCACCUCUCCUCUGUCGAGGACUAUAGAAACUGCAGUCAAGGUGUUUGAUAGAAAGCUCACCAACGAAAGUGUACAGAACUGUGGUGAUGCUGCUGCAGAAAUGUCAGAUGUCAACUACCCACCAAUUCUGGCGUAUGAACUUUGUCGAGAGAGAUUGGGGCUUCAUCCUUGUGACAAGAGGAGGACAGUCACCGAGUAUCGGUCUCUUUACCCUGACGUUGAUUUCUCGUUGAUAGAAAGUGAUGAUGACGUUAUGUGGAAGCCGGAUGCUAGAGAGACCUUUGCAGAGGUUGCAGCCAGGGGCUUGAAGUUCAUGAACUGGUUAUGGACACGACCCGAGAAGGAAAUUGCCAUUGUUUGUCAUGACAGGUUCUUGCAGUAUACCUUAGAGGCUUUGACCACUGACUGCCAGCCUUCAUUGAGGGCUGAAGUAUCCACACAAUUCAAGAAUUGUGAACUUCGGUCUCUGAUCACUGAGAAUGAGAGGGUCGUGUCAUGCCUCGGCAAAUUCCUCCCUAGUGAUUCUGCAAACUAGGGGGAAAAGCAAGCUCAACAGUCUUGGCCUUCCAAUCCAUUCAUGGAGAGUACACUCCUUCAAGGACGCGUUAGUCCUUUUUGUACAGAAAGGAUUUGAUCUUGUACAGAGAAACCAGUAACUAAUGGUUAUGAUGAUUACUGAUAGCACUCAGAGCUAUUAUUUUCUGUUCAUAUGCGUGUUAGGAGAGCUGAUGUAAACAUCUGAAUUUCAUCAAUUGGUCAUGACUGGAUCCAACAGUUGGAGUACUUGUAAUAGAUACUUGUAUGGAGG